AAAAAAAUAAGGAAAGGCAGGAGGUUUAGUCGUUGUGAAAGUGCGGAACUCAUCGGAAAGAUACAGGAGGAGGCAGGGAAGAGCCGCCAAGAAGGAAUGAAAUCUGUGGCAGCGGCGGCAGCGACUGGAGUUCUCGAAGGCGUGAGGGAUUUGGAAUGAGGCGGCUGCUUCCUAAAUGGAAGAAAUCUGCUGAGGUAACGUGCGCCAUUAUCCCUCUGACUUCGGAGGGGUAGUUCUCUUGGAUGGGAGACCAUUCAUUUCGAGGAUCACAGCGGAAGAAAAGAAGUCGGUGGAACAGUACUAAGAUUUUCUAGUCAAAUUUCUCAAAAAUAGGGUUAAAAUCUGGCGUCAUGGUUAAAUGAUUCUAAUCUAAGUGCGCUUUAAUAUUUGAAAUGUCAAUCAUUACACUUGAACGAACAACUAUAUCUAUAUUUGUAACAUUUAUAUGAGUGAGAUAGCAUGAUGUUUAAUACAGCAAUUGAUACUUAUUAUUUUAUAAAUAUACUAAAAUAAUACAACUGAAUUCAAGGAAGUAUUUUUCCUAAGAAGAUUUUUCCUUCGUGAAUGGAUUGUCAUGUCUGAAGAUGGCCUUUUGGAGGAAGACAUUUGGGAAUAUAAAUCUAUCAGGAAGCAAAAGCCUACAAGCCAACAUUCAGAAAUAAUUGCUAUCGAAGUACAAACAGUAAAGUUUGAAAAUGGUAAAUCACAAAAAAAUGGCGGUAGAAAUGGUAGGAAAGCAUCCAAAGGAAACGGUGUCCCUAAGAAGACAAAGCAAAGGCCAAUGCAAAGGGCUAGCCAGACCCCCUUAAAGCCAGGAGUUUCCAGUGGUGAUCAAUUAUCACAGGAAAGUCUGUCAACAACUCCAGUGAAAGAAAGAAAAAAAGGCAAGAGGCAAAAUACAGUAAAACCUAGACCAGUUUUUGAAGGGUACUGUCCAAGUUGUCAAAUGCCAUUCUCUUUAUUGUUGAUCCAGACACCUCGGUGGCAUGUUACUGAAUGUUUGGAUGUCUCAGGGACUGCUGAGAAAGAAUGUCCUGAUGGCAUUUUGUGCUCUUCAGUCAUUCCUUCUCAUUACAAACGCUACAGCCAUUUCCAACUUGCAGCAAAUAGAGCACAGGACACUAUCUUUACACCCUCAUUGUCUAGUGCAGAAAAUUAUUUCAUUAGACCUGGUGCUGCUGAACAUAAUGAAUUCAAUUGUAGAGUAUUACAGGAUGUGAAGGUCCCUCAGAGUACGGAAAAAUCAAAACAGUCUCUUCUAUUACCACAACUGAGUUCGAUGACUAUGGAUUCCAUCAAUAUAACGAACAUCAUGGCUUCAUCUUUGGGAAAUAUUAAAGAACCUGAACAUACAAUACAGCAUAUAGAUGACACAAAGCAGUCUGAAUGCCUUAAUCCUUUUUCUGAAGAAAUUCAAACUGAGAAGCUAAACAGUCAACUUUGCUCUUUUCAGCAGAAUACCUCUCUCUCAGAUGCUGAUUUGAAUGACAGUGACAUUUCUUAUUCCCCACUUUAUACUGAUGAAAAUGCUAUAGAAUUAGAUGAGGCAGAUAAGGAAGAAUUCCAGAGAAAGGUAGAGAGAACAUGUAAAAAAAAUCUAUUUGAUACCAGAAAUUUUGAAAGUAUAAUUGUUGGAAGUUUAUCUAAUAGAUCACAGCAGAUACAGUUUCAACAUAAGAGUGUUAAAAUGAUGCAAGAUGGAACAACAAUCAAUGAAUCCCCUAAAAUUUUACCAGCAAGUGUGAAUGGAACAUCUAAGCCUCUCCCACAAAAAAGCAUGCAUAGUAGCACUGACAGUUCAACAAGUUUUCUUGAUCAGAUGAAAUGUCUCACAGGAGAUUUCAAUUCAAGAAAAACUAAGGAUAAGUUUGACUGGCUUAAAGGGAACUCUUCUAAUUUUAAUGCAGAUGACUAUGGGCAGGGCAAUUCUAGUGAUAGUUAUUGGUUCUCUGCAGAUUCUGCUGUUAAGGAUCUCAUGCUUUCUUCAAAAUCUGAAAAAGAGCCUCAGCAAUCAUUCAGGUUAGGUCAAAGUGAAAUAGUAGAAAAGUUCAAUAAUUUAGAUGUUAAAGUUAAGACUAUUGUUAACACAUGUGUAAAUAGAGCACUUCAGAACAAUUCGUGUUCAAUAAAAGAAAAAGAGGAAGGAUCUUGUAAGAGUAUAGCUACUGGUAUGCCUGUUUUACCCAGUACAGUAUCAAAAACACAGCCGGUUCCUGCUACAAACACUAAGGUCCAAAUCACUCCUCCCAAACCCCUAAAACAAAUGGACAUUGGUGUUUUCUUUGGGUUGCAACCAAAAGUAAAAAGUGAGACUACCCCAAAGAAAAAUCUUACUAAAGAAAGAGCGAUUGUGAAUCCAGCAGCUGCAAAUGAAAACAAGCACAUACCUCGAAAGAGAAAGGCUGAAGCAUCAGUAGGAGACUCUGAUACAGUCACAGAAAGUUCAAGCAUUAAGUAUGACACCAGAUCAGAUAGUAUUUCUGGUGGUCAGAGAAGACAGAAAAAAAAAUACAGAGAGUCAUAUCCUGGUGAAGAUGGAAUAAAAAAGCAGUGUCCCUUUUAUAAAAAGAUACCAGGCACAGGUUUUGUAGUAGAUGCAUUCCAAUAUGGAGAGAUUGAAGGCUGUAGGGCUUAUUUCCUUACCCACUUUCAUUCUGAUCAUUAUGGUGGCCUAACUAAAAAGUUUACAUUCCCAAUAUACUGCAAUAAGAUAACUGGAAACUUGGUGAAGAAUAAACUGAGAGUGCAAGAGCAAUAUGUCCAUAUCCUGCCAAUGGAUAAAGAAUGUAUAAUAGAUGGCAUCAAAGUAGUGUUGGUUGAUGCUAAUCAUUGUCCUGGUGCUGCAAUGAUUCUUUUCUGUCUUCCAAAUGGGACUGUAAUAUUGCAUACAGGUGACUUUAGGGCAGAUCCUUCUAUGGAGCGCUGUCCUUUCCUGAAUGGUUGGAGAGUUCAUACUGUUUACUUGGACACAACGUAUUGUAGUCCUGAAUAUACUUUUCCUUCUCAGCAAGAAGUUAUUCAGUUUGCUGUCAAUACUGCAUUUGAACAAAUGACUUUAAACCCACGAACAUUAGUUGUUUGUGGAACAUACUCUGUUGGAAAAGAAAAAGUCUUUAUAGCUAUUGCUGAAGUUCUGGGCUCAAAAGUAAGCAUGUCUCAGGAGAAAUUCAAAACACUUCAAUGCUUAGAAUCGGCAACGAUAAAUUCCCUCAUCAGUUUGAACUGGAACAAUACUUUCCUACAUCUUCUGCCCAUGAUGCAGAUUAAUUUUAAGAAUUUGCAGAAUCAUUUGAAUAAGUUCUCUGAGAAAUUUGAUCAUAUUUUGGCUUUUAAGCCUACUGGGUGGACAUACUCGGAUGGAUGUUGUUCUUUGAGUGAUAUCAAACCUCAGACAAGAGGAAAUAUCACUAUAUAUGGGAUUCCUUACAGUGAGCACAGCAGUUUCCUUGAAAUGAAACGAUUUAUUCAAUGGCUGAAACCUCAGAAAAUUAUUCCUACUGUAAAUGUAGGAAAUUGGAAAGUUAGACAUGAAAUGGAAAGGUAUUUCAGGGACUGGAAGAUGGAAUUAGGAAAGUAGGAUCUUUAUUACAAUAAUUACAUGCCUUAAAUUCUGAUCAAUUUUUCUGCAUUGUUCUUUAUCUCUGAUCUAAAAGGAAACAAUGUAGAUAUAUAGAAACAAACAUAUUCUGUGUCAACAGAAUAUGCUGUAUUUGCAGAGUUUACAGCAUCCAGAAGAAAUGAAAAAUGAAAUCAAGUAAUAUAAAGUUAUUCAUGUUUUUACAUUUUUACUUAUUUAUUGUACUUAAAAAUAAAUAAACCAUCUGAAAUAUAGUCUAGAUAAGUGUUGAAGUGUUUUAAUAAUUUACAAACCAAGCAUUGAUAAUUUUUUUUUUUGUUUUGUUUACAUUUAUACCCCGCCCUUCUCCGAAGACUCAGGGCGGCUUACAGUGUAUAAGGCAAUAGUCUCAUUCUAUUUGUAUAUUUUUACAAAGUCAACUUAUUGCCCCCCCUACAAUCUGGGUCCUCAUUUUACCUACCUUAUAAAGGAUGGAAGGCUGAGUCAACCUUGGGCCGGGCUCGAACCUGCAGUAAUUGCAGGCUACUGUGUUCUUAAUAACAGGCUUUACCAGCGUGAGCUAAACCGGCCCUA